AUGAUGGUGUCUGUGGUGCUGCAGUGGAGGCCCAUGAUGAUGAUUGGGGUCUGUAAUGCCACCGGACGUCCAUGUCACAUGCAGAGGCUGGAGACCAUGUGGAUGUUUAUGGGCUUCCAGUCCUUCCUAUUUGUUGGGGUGUGUGACCCUCAAUCCUUGCUCCCCCACCACCCCGACCCAGGGAGGGCAGUGGACAGGGAGCCUGGGGGAGUCAGGGUCCAGGUGCGUAGGAGGACAGACAGCUACGGCCCCCAGGGCAGCAGGAGCCCAUACAUACCACCCCACCCCCACCUGCAACCCUGCCACGCAGCCCUGUGCCUGGAAGUCACCCUGAAGACAGCGGAGAACGGACCUGACCUAGAGAUGCUAAGUGGGCAGGAGCGUGUGGCCCUGGCCAAGCGCAAGCGGGAGUGUGGCAAUGCCCACUACCGGCGUGCUGACUUUGUGCUGGCUGCCAACUCCUAUGACCUGGCCAACAAGUCCAUCACCUUCAGCGCCAAAGUCGACAUGACCUGUGAGGAGGAGGAGCUGCUAAAGCUGAAGGUCAAGUGUUUGAACAACCUUGCGGCAUCGCAGCUGAAGCUGGACCACUACCGUGCAGCGUUGCGCUCCUACAGCCAGGUGCUGGAGCACCAGCUGGACAACAUCAAGGCAUUGUUCCGCAAGGGCAAGGUCCUGGCUCAACAAGGUGAAUACAGUGAGGCCAUCCCCAUCCUGCCGGCUACCCUGAAGCUGGAACCUUUCAACAAGAUGAUCCAUGCCAAGCUCUCAAAGCUGGUAAAGAAGCAUGCUGCACAGCAGAGCACAGAGACCGCCUUGUACCGAAAGACCGGGCAACCCAGCCGGCUGCUCACCAAAUGUCUGGGUAGGGAGGCCUGGUCCAUCCCGUGGAAGUGGCUGUUUGGGGCGACUGUUGUGGCCUUGGGGGCCGUGGCUCUCUCUGUGGUCAUUGCUGCCAGGAACUGACUGAACUUAGUUUUCUUUAAGGGACUGGCCACUGGGAGUUUAACCAUGCUCCAGUG